AUGGAUUCCUAUUACAGAGACUCCGUCCGCUCGCCGGGAGACAGGACCUGGACCCGCGAUGACUCCAGAAAGAUGGAUAGGGCCGACGAUAGCUUCUACCGCGGGAGAUCUCCUGGCCAUGACCGGCGUCGGUCCAACCGCUCUCGAUCCCCCCUGCCCGUCGACCGCUAUGAGCCCAGAAACCGCAGAGAAGACUACCCGCCUCGUGACAGGGACGACAGGCGCCGCAUCACGUCUCCACCAGCCAACAUUGAUCGAUAUGUCCCUGGGCAGGAGGCCACUGCGCCUCAACCUGUGGCGGCCAACCCUAUCCAAGAUCCCCUGAAGCUGCCUUACCAAGUAGGGUUCUCCUACUUUGGCGAGUGGUGGAGGUUGAAUGAGAAGGUCAAAGAAGAGAAGGAACGCCAGCGUACUGGUCGCCGCCGGGAGCCCGACCGUGUCCGUGCCAACACCCAGGAGGAGCGCGACAAGGAGAAGGCUAAGAUCCAGGCCGCGUAUGACUCGUACAAGGAAAGCCUGCAGGCAAAGAUGGCCAAGACCUUUGUUCAGCAACACAAAGACGAGCAGUGGUUCCGUGAGCGCUACGUUCCCGAGGUCAGAGAUCCCCUAAAGGCCCAACUCACCGAGUUCCGAAAGGGCCAGUACACCCAAUGGGAGCAAGAUCUUGAAUCCGGCACCUUCGAUGAGUUUACCUUGGAGGGCAUCCCCAAGAGUGAGAGCAACGGCGCCGGCGGUAUCAUCGAGAAGGAGGAGGGUGAAGCCACCGCAGCGAACGAAGUCCUGGGUGUUGGAGACCUGGUCCCCGCCACGAGCUCCGACCUCCGUGAUGAGAAUCUCUUUCAGCCAACCCUCCUCAUCAAGACGAUUGCUCCUAGUGUGAGCCGUCAAAAUCUGGAGGCGUUUUGCAAGGAGCAUCUUGGAGAGGAAGAGGGCGGCUUCAAAUGGCUCUCACUCAGCGACCCGAACCCGUCGAAACGGUACCAUCGCAUCGGUUGGAUCAUGCUUCACCCGGCUGCUGAGACUGGGACCAUCAUCGAUCGCGCAGACCCGAAAGAAGAAGACGAGGAUGGCGACAUCAAGGUCAAGAGCCCUGGCGCGUCGCUUUCUACUGCGGACAAGGCUUUGGAAGCCAUCAACAGCAAGACCGUCAAAGACGAGGUCAGGGGCGACUUCGUGUGUCAUGUUGGUGUGCAUAACCCGCCCGCCAACCCGCGCAAGAAGGCACUGUGGGACCUUUUCUCAGCUCCGGAGCGUAUCGACAAGGAUCUGUCUCUUGUCUAUCAGCUCGUAAACAAAUUUGAGGCAGAUUAUGGCUCCGAUUUCAACGCUGUCCUUAAGGUGGAGGAGAAGGUUGAUGAGCUGAGAAAUACCGGCCGUCUGCAACCUGCGAUCACUUCCGCAGUCAAGAAGGAGAAGGUCAAGAAGGAGCGUUCAGUCAACCUCGACGAGGCUAUGGACGAAGGGGAAGAGCCCGAGCCUGAAGACGAAGAUGAUGAAGACGAGGGUGCCAUUGACGAUGACGAGGUCGACGAUGAGGAGCUUUUGACGAAGAAGAAGCAGCUUGACCUCCUUAUUGAGUAUUUGCGACGCGUUUUCAACUUCUGCUUCUUCUGCGUUUUCGAGAGUGAUUCGGUUCAUGAGUUGACUCGGAAGUGCCCUGGAGGUCACCUUCGUCGUCCCAGGAGCACACUGUCUUCUGCAGCGAAGGAGGUCGCCCGCGCCAGUGCUCUUGGCGAGCCUUUGCCCAAGAAGCGCCCAGAUACCGCUGAACUUGAGGAAGGCGAGACUACUGAGCCAGACCGCAAAUUCAGGAAUGUCAGCAAGUCUGAACAACAACUCCAGCGCGCCUACAACUGGGUGAAGACAUUUGAGGAUAAGAUCAAACAGAUCCUGGAGCCAGAUUCCGUCGACAUUCGAAAGCUUGGUGGUAAGCUCAUCGACGAAGCUGUGAGUGAGGAGAUGGCCAAGUUCGUGAAGCAAGAGGACGAGCACAAGUGGCGGUGCAAGGUCCCUGAGUGUCAAAAGCUCUUCAAGGAGGAGCACUUCUGGCGCAAGCACGUUGAGAAGCGACACGUGGAUUGGUUGGAUAGUCUCAAACAAGACUAUGAGCUAAUUAAUGCGUACGUGAUUGACCCGGCUCACAUCGCGCCGUCGCGAACCGACGCCAAUUCCAAUGGUCACUUCCCGCCGGCGAAUGGUCAGGCGCCAACAGGUACGCCGCGAGGAUUUAACCUUGGGAAUUAUGGUCUGAACAACAUGCUGCCUAUGGGGUUCCCUCCCAUGCCGAAUUUCCAGCAGAUGUUUGCGGGCGCCAUGGGCAGCCCCGCAAACUGGAGCCAGUCCAGCGGAGGGGAUGACCGCGGAGGUGGCCCCGUCCGCCGUGGUGGAGCUUUCAACUCUGCCGGGAGAGGUUACAACAACAACCGAUCCAACCCCUACGACCGGCCACGGAACCCUCGUUUUGAUGGGGGGAUGGGCGGUGGCAUGAUGGGUGGUGGCCGCCCCAACCGUGGAGGUCGCUGGGGGGAUGGUGCCGGUGGCGGUGCAGCCGUCGGGCCUCGCGAGGCCAUCCAGGGACGAACGCUGAAGAGCUACGAAGACCUGGACCAGGCCAGCGGCGGUGGCGGCGGGGAGCUGAACUACUAA